CCCCUUCUCUGUGGAUCCCUCCAUCGGGACUCUUGGUGUUGGUGAUGCCAUGCAAGUGACAGUGGAGUUUCACCCGCUGAAGACCGGGGAUCAUUCCGGUUCCCUGGUAGUUCGCUAUGACACAGGUGAAGAUACUCACACAAGCCUCUAUGGAGCAGCUGUAGAUUUCAACAUCGGGCUGGCCAGGAGCUCCGUGACAGUUGAGAAGACUUACCUCACACUGUCAAACCACAGAUCUGUAGUGAUUCACAAUCGGAGUGAAAUCAAAGUCCACUUCCAGUGGAAGGCUUUUCCUACCCAGGAAGAGGAGGAUCAUCAGAAGCUGAGGCUCCAGGGGCAGAAAGAGGGCAAGACGGAUCAUUGUCUGAGGGAGUGCAAGGUGGACUCUGCUCUGCGAGAACGCCGUCCCCUUCUCUCCCGCCCCUUCCAGAACCAGCGGGCAAAGGUGCAAGGAGACUCCAUGCUUUUCUCCGACGAUGUGUUCACCCUUGAGCCUCUGGAGGGAGAUAUCUGGCCAAAUUCUUCAGCUGAAGUUAACGUGAUCUUUAGACCCCGAGAAGCCAGAGUCUAUCAACAAACGGUCUACUGUGACAUCUCAGGCCGCGAGACCAGGCUGCCCCUGCGCAUCAAAGGGGAAGGCAUAGGGCCUCAGCUCCGCUUCAACUGUGAGCAGCUGGACAUCGGGAAGGUUUUUGUUGGAUUAAACCACAGCUAUGAGGUGGUCCUGUUUAACAAAGGAGCCAUCGAUGCUGCCUUCAAUUUGGUCCCUCCAGCUACAGCUCUGGGCUCGUGCUUCACCUUCCUCCCCCAGGAGGGCAUCAUUUCUCCAGACGGGCUCCAGGUCAUCCAGAUCUCCUUCAGUUCCACCAUCCUGGGGAAGUUCACAGAAGAAUUCAGCUUCAGGGUGAAUGGAUCCCCUGAGCCUGUGACCUUGACGAUCAGGGGCUGUGUCAUUGGACCGACUUUUCAUUUCGACGUCCCUGCCCUCCACUUCGGUGAUGUCUCCUUCGGCUUUCCUCACACCUUGUCAUGUCGCCUCAUCAACAACUCCUUGGUGCCCCUGACCUUCAACCUUCGCAUUCCUGGGGACGGCCUGGGAGAGCCCAGUGUCAGCAGUUUUGCUCACAUGACAGACAACACUCACCUACUCCAGAGAAAGGGAGCCCAGCGUCACCUCAGGCCAAGAGAAUUCACCAUAAAGCCCCACAGAGGGACCAUCCACCCCCUGGGAUUCUUGGAUAUACAGGUCACCCUGUGUUCCAACACUCUGCAGAGAUACGAGCUGGCUCUGGUGGUGGACGUGUGCGGUGUUGGCAGGGCGGUGUCGGCGCUGCUCCUCACAGCCAGAUGCGUGGUUCCUGCGCUGCGAGUGCUCAACCCUGUCGUGAUGUUCGGACGGUGCUUCCUAAAAAUCCCUUACCAGCAGAUGCUGACCCUUGUGAACGACAGUGAUCUUCCAGGCUGCUACAGGGUUCUUCCUCAGGAACACAAGGAGGACGCUUCUGUGUGGUACUCCAGCCCCGUGCCGUGGGGGAUUGUCCAGCCUCGCAGCUCGGUGGAUGUCCCAUUGACACUGGAGGCCCAGGUGACGGGAGAGCAGGACACUGUUGCUCAUGUUGCAGUGUUUGGGAUUGAAGGAUCCCCUCUGAAAAUCCAUCUAGUGAGCACUGGAGAAGGACCAGUUGUCUACGUGCAUCCAAGCAAAAUAAAUUUUGGCAGUAUCCAAGUUCUGCAAGAUGCCUCCCGAACUCUCCACCUCUCCAAUCAGAGUGUCAUCCCUGCUUCCUUCAGGGCAACGAUGGCUCGCGAAUGCUCGUGCUGGAGGAUUGAACCCAGUGAAGGAGUGAUUCCUCCUGAGACAGAGGUGUCUGUGGCUGUCAUAGCCAGCUUGGAUGACACAGAGAAAUUCAAGGACGAGGUGAACCUGUCCAUAGAGAACAGCCACACCUACGUGAUCCCCGUCAGGGCUGUUGGCAUCGGCACCACGAUUGUCGCCGACAAACCCUUUGCUCCGGAGCUCAACUUGGGACCCCACUUCAGCCUGGAUCCCUGCUGUUACCGCUUCAAGAUAACAAACAAAGGACGGCGCACCCAUUGGCUCUACUGGUCAACAGCAGGUUCUGGCUCGUUUCGCCAGCGUCAUCGUGUCCCUGCUGUCAGCACCAGCAAGGGCCAAGAUUCCUCCCAGAGCCCCAGACCUGCCCGCCCUGUGUUUAAGGUUCAACCACUGAAGGUGGAGCUGAUGCCGGGCAAGACUACGGAGAUGGUGCUGGAAGCCUUCUCCAGCACUCCUCAGGUGGUGAAGGAGCGGCUGCUGUGCCACGCCGUCGUGGGGAGCAAGGCAGAGAAGGCUCCGAUAAUGGAAGUGGAUGUCACCUGCGAGUUCAUCGCUCCCGUCCUGCAAAUGUCCUCCAGAGAAAUCACUUUCUGGGUGGAGAAGCAACCUGGUGAUGUCCUAACUCUGCAGCACCAGUCUCUUUCUUUAAGAAACGCCUCCGCCCUGCCACUCAGAAUCACCCUGGCCUUAGAGCAGCCCUUCUUAAUCUGUGACGCGGAGCAGCAGCCCCUCUCUGCAGACGCUCAGCCCAUGAAGCUGGAGAUAGGGGAGGAACUUCUUCUCUCCAUCAGAUUUAACCCUGCUUAUGAAGAGGAUUUGUGUAGCCGGGUAGUGGAGAAGGUUCUAAAGAUACAGUUUCUUGAGCAUCCUCAUGAGGAGCAGGUCACCGUUCGGGGAGAAGUCUACUUUCCAAAUCUCCAUAUCCAGCCCACGGCCCUGGACUUUGGCUGCCUCUUGAACAACACCGAAGGUGUGCGUUACAUCGAGAUGACCAACUGCAGCCCGCUUCUUGUCAAGUACCACUGGUCGUUCCUGAUGGACAGCCGCGUGAGACAGAUGAGGUUCAGCCCUCCAGUACCAAAAUUUUUCACCAAACCUCAACCACGAAAGGAGGAGGGAUCCUGGUCGGAGCGCUCAGUGUCUGCAGGGAGCAGCUGCAGGGAUAGAGAUGUGGAGGAGCCAGCUGAAGCCCUGGGAGCCACAGGAGAUCCUGCCCAGGAGCCAGCAGAUGCAGAUGACUCCCUGGAAUCAAAGGUGCUGCCAUCCCCUGCUGAGGAGCUGGAAGGGGCUGUGGAGACGCAGAGCCUGGUGGGGAUCAACAAACAGAUGCAGUUUGUGGAGGAAGAGCCCGUCAGCUUGGGAAUUGAGGAGGUUUUCGAUGUCCUGCCGCUCUACGGUGUGCUGCAGCCAGGCGAGAGCCAGCGGGUCAUGUUCACCUUCUUUGGCCACACAAAUAUCGUCGCCCACGUCACGGCGUUGUGCAGGGUGGAGGGAGGCCCGACCUAUGAGAUUGCAUUGAGUGGGGAGGCUUCACUCAUCAACCACCUCCUAGACGUCACAGAGAUCGACUGUGGGCUGCAGCUGUUUAACAAAGUCACCGAAGCAGAGGUCACCCUGCAGAACAGAGGGAAGAUGGGCUUCAGCUACAUGGUGCUAAGUCCCAGCGUGGGGACCGCAGACAGCCCCCUGCCCGGCGUGCCCCUGGUCCUGCCCAGCACGGGUUAUGUUGGACCUGGCAAGGAGCAAGUCCUGAAAGUCUACUACCUACCAGGAGUGCCCGGAGCCUUCCACAGGACUUUCCAGAUCCAAGUGGGUCACCUGGAGCCUGAAGAAAUCUCCCUGAAAGGAGAGGGGAGCUUUCCCAGCAUCUACUUGGACCUGCCCAGGAACAUCAAAGGAAAUGAAAAAUAUGAGAAGGUCCUCAAGGAGGUGAUAGAAAAGAUGGAAGAAGACAGCCAGAGAGAGGGAGCAGCAGUUCUGGGGGCAGCUGUGGCCGCGGAGCCACCCCCAGAUCCCUUGGACACCGUGCUGGACCCUGGGCUGCAGAUGCAGAUGGAGCAGCUGCUGAUGGAAGAACACGCCCUGGAGCAGCAGAAAGCCUUCACCUCUGGUCCCCCAGAGGCCACUGCCUUUGACCAGCGUGCUCGUCAGAGGCUUCUCAAAGCUGAGCUGCCUGAGUACCUCCUGGACUUUGGGUACGUGAUUCUCGGUAACACCCCCACGCAUGUCGUGAGGAUCACCAACACCGGGCAGUUCCCUGUGUCCUUCUGCGCUGACGGACGGGUCCUGCGUGGCACAGGUUUCAGUGUGGAGCUGGACCGCGUGAAGCACCUGCCCUGCCGUGAGAGCAAGACAUUUGAAGUGUGCUUUGACCCACAGAGUGCCAACUUGCCGCUGGGAGAGGUGGACGUGCUCCUGCCCAUCAAGGUAGCAGGAGGCCCCACGUUCCACGUCCGCCUCCGUGCCAGCGUGGCCAUGCCAGCCCUCUGCGUCUCCAGGGACAGACUGGAGUUCUCCACUCUCCAGUGUGGGCAGUGCCAGGAAGAAACCAUCCAGCUCCACAAUCAGCUCCAGGUCCCCUGUAACUGGUUCAUCACUAUAAAUGAGCCUGUUAAGAAGGUGGACAAGCAUUGGCCAGCAGGGGUGCAUCAGAAGGUGCCCAGGAAGUUGAAAACCCAGCCAUGUGUCUUCGAGGUGCUGCCCUCGGCUGGAACCCUCGCUCCGGGACAGCGAUGCAACGUCCGAGUGAGGUUUUCACCCACAGAAGAGAAGUCCUACAGAAGUGAGAUGAAGAUUAAUGUUUGCCAGAGCAGCCAGGACCUCCAGCUGCAGGUCUCGGGGCGUGGGCUGGAGCCACGGCUGGAGUUCAGCCCCCCAGUGCUCGAGCUGGGACCGUUGCUGCCGUACAGCCAUGGAGCAGAGGGGACGGUGGUGGUAAAGAACCCCUGCGACUUCCCAAUCGAGUUUUACUCUCUGGAGUUCGACCAGCAGUACCUUGCUGAGGAGCAGAUCCUGCAGAUGCUUAAAGACUAUGACUGCCGUAACACCUUAUUGCUGCCUCCGCGUGCCCCGGGUGAGAAGCUGCCCCCGGAGGUUCUGGAGUACUAUCAGGACCAGAAGAGGCUGCAGGAUGAGCAGUCCGAGACUGGGGAACCAGCAGGCCAGGACAACGCAAAGCAUGGGCAGAGCAUCACCAGCAGCAAGGCGGUCGCGGGAGAAGUGGCCGACAGCCCUGUCCAUAGGGCCAUCGCCCGCCACCUUGGCAUCGAUAUCUCUGCAGAGGGGCGCGCGGCCCGAGACCGCAGAGGGAUCGUCAUCAUCGUCCAUGGGGCACCCCUGACAGGAAAGACAGCGGCAGCAGUUGCCCUGUCCAAAUACUACGGCGCUGCCUGCUUGUCCAUCGACACCGUGGUGACAGAAGCCAUCUCGGACAGGAGCAGCUCGGCAGGGCUGCACGCCCGGGAGCUGUGCACCAGGGCUGCCAUCGAGCAGAGCUGCAAGGAGGCAGAGGGUGCUGGUCACAACGCAGAUGAGUCCCUCGGCAAGCAGUUCCGCACCAAGGCCAAGCGCAGCCGAGACACAAGCCGGUCCAGCUCUGUGGACAAAGUCAGUCUGCAGUCCGUCAGCUCCCAAGGCCAGGUGAGCGCUGUGGCAGGUGAGAAGAAGACGGAUGGCCCCACAGCCCGAUCCCAGAAGCAGCAUCUGGUGGAUCUGACAGGCUCCCAGCGUUCAACAUUGCACGGCUCAUCAAGUUCUCGCCUCUCUCCCCUUCCCUGCAUUCCUGCGCAGCAAUCGCUGAACAUUGGUGACAGCACAUCAGGAGAGAUGGGCUUUAGGAGCUGCGUGCUGCCCGAGGACCUGCUGGUGGCCAUCCUCUCUGACAGGCUGCAGCUGAGCGACUGCUACCAGGGAGUGGUGUUUGAUGGCCUGGAGACCCUCUUUGCACGCAACACGGCAUCUGCUCUCCUCUGCCUGCUCAAAGCUGUCAGAAAUCGGCCUUACAUCUAUUUUGUGAACCUGUUCCAGGAUUAUCCUUCUUGGAAAGCCAGAGAGAUGGCCGCAAAAGAGCAGGAAGGACGGGAGCGGGAAGAAGCUGCCAGGAGGGAGAAAGCACGCCUCUGGGAGAUGGACGAGGACGAGUAUGAUGCCCUCACCGAGGAGGAGAAAAUUCACUUUGAUAACAGUAUACUGCAAGUCCAGCGUGAGAGGAAGAAAAGGGAGAUGGAGCAGCUGGCUCGAGAGCUUGAGGAAAAGGACCGGUGGGAGCUAGAACGCUUCAGGGAGGAAGAAGACCUGAAGAAGUCAUCUAAGUGGGCCAAGAGAAAGCUUGGGAAAGACAAAGAUAAUGCUGCAAGGAAGAAAAGCCAGCCUGGAGUCGGGCAGAAUACGAAUGCAUCCACGAGCAACACCAGCGCAUCCAUCGGCAACCUGUCCGAUGUCACCGAGGGGGGAGAGAGGAAGGGAUCUGCAAAGAAGCACCCGGACUCUCUUGCAAGUGUCAAGGAAGAUAAGAAAAAGCAGAGCAAGGCUCCCCUGACAGAUGACUGCCCAGCGGAGGUUGUACAACCUGCGGACCCAGAACAGGGGGAAACUAAAACCGAGGCGCGGAGUGACAGCGAGAACUUGGCCCUGAGGUUUAAGAUCUACGAGGCAUCGCAGAAGGAUGUCACACAUAUUUUGUCAUCCUGGGACAGGGCUCGGGGUAUCCUGCUGUCCCCUCUGAACCAGGAGGUGGUACAGCAGCAAGUCCAAGGCCAGCGCCGUCGCAGGAGCCGAAGGGACAGAGAGAAGGAGCGCCAGGAGAGGAUGGAGAAGGAGUGUCUGGAAAAACUGAAGGCUCUUGAGGACUCCAAGUUAUCUGGGCUGGAAGGGGAAUGUGCAGAAGGGUCAGCCAGAGGCCAGGACGUUGGGGUGCCCUGCUUGGACAUCCAGGUGCUGAGCUCUGCAGAUGUGACGAGGGCGAUCCUGGAGAGUGGCAAGCUGCCAGCAGCAGAGCAGAUCCUGGAUGACUUGGGACUGGGUCCCUCGGGGCCUCCCAUUCCACCUACGGCUUUCUACUCUGUGAUCCGCUACCCGGAGAAGCGGAUGGUCCCCACAGCAGGAGAAGCCCUCGAGCACUUCGCCUUUGUCGUGCCUGAAGGUGCCACUGCAGAAGAAGAAAAGAAGGACACCAGAAGUCUCUUGGAUGUGCCUGCAGUGAAGGUGCCAGGGCAGGAUCCAGGCUGGAUGGGGGCAUGGGGGGCGGGUGGGAUGGAAAAAGAUCACUGUGGAAGGGCAAUGAAGACAUGACAGGGCCCCAUGUCUGCAGGCAUCCCUCCUGUCUGUCUAAAAGAGACAGCUCUGCUUGAAACAUGGGGCAGUUCUGUAAGAUGAGAGGAAAAAAAAACAGCUAAACCCUUCAACUUCCCUUGAGGAGAGGGUCCUGGGCAAGGAGGGGUGUUGUAGGCAAAACAAAGUCCCAUAAGGAAGACCAAAUCCAUGGGCAGAGGUGGUUGGUGGUUUAUUCUCUCUCCCGUCUGUUAACAAACCUGCAGCUUUCUCUCUGGGAUGGGGGUGUCUCAGGGCAGGUCUCACCUCU